CACCGUGGAGAGCGCACACAGACGCACUGACAUCCAAUAUUCCUCUCGGGGACAUCCUCCACAAUUUUAAAAGGGAAUUCUGCGCUGGAGCAAAGAGGAAGACGAGGAGACGCGGUAUGGAGAGCAUUAUUACGCACGGUUGCUCGCCACCUGUCUUAUUACGUUUUGGAAAACUUUGAAAUAUUACUUUAGCCGGACUUUAUCUGAUUAUGGCACGUUUCUUGCGUUGUGUCUUUACGCCGAGGAUCGCCGCUCAUGGGAUGUAGCGCGUGGACAUGUGGGUUCAACUUUGGACACCUGAAGGCGCAGUCCAAGCUGUCCGUCUUCUUUGCCAUGAUCAUUAUUUUCAUGUACCUUUUUUACUGCUUAAAUGGAUACUGUGAUACCCUACCCAGACCCGUGUACGACCACCAAAGCAAUCAUCUUCAGAACAGACUACAAGAGGGACAUGAAACGGAGUCUGUGUUUGAUGCGUACAAUGCGUCGUCGCUUGUCAGGGGAAGACUAUCAGACUUGGACAAUAACAUUCAAGCAAAUAACAUUUCUAUAGCUGAUAAUUAUGGGAGUAAAAAGUUUCCCCAAGCUAUUAUCAUAGGAGUGAAGAAGGGAGGAACGCGGGCAUUGUUGGAGUUUUUGCGCAUCCAUCCAGACGUGAGAGCGGUGGGAGCAGAGCCACAUUUCUUCGACCGCUUCUACGACAAGGGACUCGAAUGGUACAGAAACCUGAUGCCCCGUACGCUAGAGGGUCAAAUCACCAUGGAGAAGACUCCCAGCUACUUCAUCACCAAAGAAGCCCCUCGCCGCGUCUUCUCCAUGGACCGCCAAACCAAGCUCAUCGUCGUGGUCCGGGACCCCGUGACGCGCGCCGUGUCCGAUUACACCCAGACCCUCACCAAAUCCCCCGGGCUUCCUUCUUUCCAAAACCUGGCCUUCCGCAACUCCACCACGGGCCUCAUAGACACGUCAUGGAGCGCGGUUCGGAUCGGUAUAUACGCCAAGCAUCUCGAGAACUGGCUGCGUUACUUUCCACCAUCCAGGUUCCUGUUUGUGAGCGGGGAGAGGUUGGUGACGGAUCCGGCGGGAGAAAUGGGGCGCGUUCAGGAUUUUCUGGGACUUAAGCGCGUGGUGACGGACAAACACUUCUAUUUCAACCAGACCAAAGGAUUCCCCUGCCUGAAGAAGCCAGAGGGGAGCAGCCGGCCGCGGUGCCUGGGGAAGUCCAAGGGCAGGCCCCACCCCCAGAUCCCGGCCGAGGUCCUGCUGAGGCUCAGGGAGUUCUACAGGCCCUUCAAUCUCAAGUUCUACCAAAUGACCGGGCAGGACUUUGGUUGGGACUAAGAGGUGCUCACUAUAAGCUGUUCGAAUAUAGACUGUGAUGUUCUUCGAAAACCAAAUAGCAGUACAAGUGAAAUUACCAAAGCCUACACAGAAUACAGCGUUUGAAGAUAAGAUGAUCAUGGAUGAAAUAGUUAUGUGUGGUGGUUACCAGAAAUUGGACAAUAUGGGUAUUAAAGGUGCAUUAUGUAACUUUUCUGGUACACUUGUCUCCUUAAAGAUGUGAUUGGUUGCAUUGAUUCAAUUACCGGUAUUUUUGCUCAAAAAACAUUGAAAAACAGCAAAACAUUGAUAAUACUGUCUAUUCUAGUCUAGUACAGUCCAGUCUGGCUAUGCUUCCAUUGUAGGGAGUAUUAUACCUCUUACGACGCAGGCUAAGAUAACAAGGAUACCAGGCAAAGCAAUAACUAUAGGUAGCGGACCAUCUCAACAGAAAAUGUACAUAGUGCACCUUUAAUUGAGCUGUAGUCCAGAGACCCAAGAGAAUGUAAAAUAUAAGUAAAAUACACAUAUAAAGUACACCAGUAAAAUAUAUACUUUUCUCACAUUAAUAUUCUAUACCACACACAAUUAUUCAAAACAUGAACUGUAACAAUAAAGUCCUAAAUGCUCUGCUACCUUGUUUACAUCAAAGUGAGGAUUUCUACGGACAGUUUUUUAAUGUUUUUUUUUUUUUUUUGUAAAGAAUACCAAAGGUUACACAAAUAAUAAAACAUUACAAGCUGCAGACCAUCAUUAUUUUUGAUACAUAUUUCUUUGACUUGUUGAAGUGUGAAAAACAAGUUCACAUGUUCUGUUAUAGACUGUUUUAUGAUGCUCAAAUCAAAACUAUUUUUUCAGACCACUUUAUCUGUGACUAUUGCCUUCGUCGCGCCAAACAGCUGACUGUAAAUGCAUAUGUACAUUUCUAAAGUUUUAAUUUAUAAGAAAAGACAGGCUAUUGUUG